AUGCACCUUCUUAGUACGGCACAGGCGAGUCUUAAAGCAGCACGGCAAGAUGCCAAGGCCGGGAUGAUUUCACAGCGGGCGGGCAGCCUCAAACUGGCCCCGAGUCCAGUGAAUUUGAAGUGGGCCGGCCACAACUACAACAACUGCCUGUCUGCAAGCCAUAUUUUGCUGGAGAAAUCGGUCGUCCUCGCUACGAGAUACAAGAAAUACCAGAGCCAUCUAUUACAAGAAGAUCUAUUUGCCGUCAUCGCCAUGGAAUAG